UGAAGGCACAAGAACAGUAUGUGCUUUCCCUCUACUGACUUUUUUGUGUCGUCACUAAACUUUUGAUCAAAUUUUGGAACUUUUCACUUCAAACCAACACAGUUUUACUCUUUAUUUUGCUAGUUUGAUCACAGUGGAACAAUUAUCAAGCCAUUCUUGGGACUUUUCUCUUGCAGCUCAUGUUUGCACUUAUUCUUGCCAAGACAAAGACAAAUACUGGAGGUUAAAUCCCACUGCAAUCCACUGCCUGCGCAACAUUAAUGAUCCAUCUGAAUGUGAAACAUUUCUCCUGAAACAGUAAAUCAGACACUUAUAUGCUCCCUCCAGACAUGGGUUGGACAUGCUGUGUCAUUUGGUUUCUGUUUGUGUCAGUGUGUGAAUGCUGGCAGCAGCCUGACUCUGAUCCUCCGAUGCACGGAGAGGUGAAGUCCCCCCAGUAUCCCCAGCCUUACCCUCCAAACCUGCAGGAGCAGUGGGAUCUCAGUGUGGCUGAGGGCUACCGGAUCCGACUCACCUUCACACACAUGGACAUUGAAGCUUCUGCAGGAUGCCACUAUGACGCCCUUACAGUUCUCUAUGAAGGAAAGGUCCUGGGUAAGUUUUGUGGCAGUGAGCAUUCUGCUGAUGGGCAUCACCCUGGCAACCAGCCCAUCUUGUCUCCAGGCAACAGACUCACCCUCAUCUUCCAGACAGAUAACAACAACCCAGAGCGCCACCAGAAUGUGGGCUUCUCCGCUCAGUACCAGGCAAUAGACCUCGAUGAGUGUUCCUCACCUGCACCUGAAGAUGGCUCAGGUCCAGUCUGCGAUCAGAUCUGCCUCAACACUCUUGGCUCAUACCUGUGUUCCUGUCACCACGGCUAUGAACUUCGCUCAGACCAGCGCUCCUGCAUGUUAUCCUGUGGUGGUGGUAUAUUUGAUGAGCCAGAGGGACAUCUGUCCAGUCCAGGAUACCCUAACUCCCCACCUCAUGCCGUUUCCUGUCAGUAUGUAAUUGCUGUAGAAUCUGGCUUCACUGUGUCUCUCAGCUUCUCUGACAACUUCCAGAUCGAGAGUGUGGACACUGAGCAAGGCCUAAACUGUCUCCAUCACUGGUUGCAGUUGACCAUUCCAGACAGAGAGCCCAUAAAGCUGUGUGGUUCAAAGAGUCCAGGUCUGAUAGCUACAAACUCCAACACUGUCAAGCUGGACUACCACACUGAUGACCAAGGCCUGAGCAACGGCUGGAGCCUGGACUACAGCACACACAGAGUGCAGUGUCCAAUGCCGGGUAAUGUGGCUAAAGGCAGAGUCACACCGAUCCUGAGUGAAUAUUUCUACAGAGACCACAUCUUUGUGCGCUGUGACGUAGGAUACAAGCUGAUGAUGGAUGGUCAGGAGAUCGAGAGCUUCUCUACCAUGUGCCAAAACAAUGGACAGUGGCACCUCCCUCUCCCAGAAUGCCACAUAAUUGAUUGUGGAGAACCUGAACCUUUGCUGAAUGGAGGGGUGAUCUUCCUGUCUGGUUUUCAGAAUCAGUACCUGUCUGUUGUUCAGUAUCACUGUAAUGAACCGUUUUACUCUCUCUUCGGGGGUGUAAAUGUUACCUUCACCUGUGAAGCAGACAGAAAGUGGAGAUCUAACAAUGAUGUUGUUGUCAGUCCAACAUGCUUACCAGUUUGUGGCCAGCCAACAAAACACCUUUCUGCCUAUCAGAGGAUCAUUGGAGGGGAUGAUGCUCCAGAUGAUACCAUCCCCUGGCAGGUGCUACUGAAUAUAGACGGAGGAAGAGGAGGAGGUAUGGUGAUUGCAGACCGCUGGAUUAUGACUGCAGCUCAUGUGGUAAAAAAUAAGGGAAUAACCGCACCACCUGAAACUGUGCGGAUUUACAUGGGAUAUACUAAUAUUGAAACCUUGACUGACCCACAUAUGAAUGCUUCCUCAGUCCAUGUUCACCCUGAUUACAACAACUUCAAUAAAAUAGACUACAACAAUGACAUUGCCUUGAUCAAACUACAAGACCCGAUCACAUUCAAUCCAUCCAUAAUGCCCAUAUGUUUGCCAGCAGAGGAUGCCACAUACGUCACUGGCACGAUGGGACUGGUGUCAGGCUUUGGUGUUACAGAAGAGAACAAAAUACGGAAGUUAACAAAUAAGCUGAAGUAUGUGAACCUCCCUGUGGUGGACCAGGGAGUAUGCAGCAGAUCGAUUACUUCAUUAAAGCGGGCAAGGGCCAACAUACCAAGCCUGACAAAUAACAUGUUUUGUGCUGGAGUCCCUGAGGGUGGGAAGGACUCCUGCCAAGGUGACAGUGGAGGCCCCUAUGCCCUGAAUGACAACGGACGGUUCUGGGCUGCAGGAAUUGUCAGCUGGGGGGUUGACUGCGGAAAGCAGGGAAUGUAUGGAGUCUAUACCAGAGUAACCAGCUACGUGGACUGGAUCAACAAGGUCAUGCAGGAGAACUGACAUUUACAGUAAUUCACUACAAACCUGAUGCAAAGAUGAUGACAUUUACAGUAAAAUAAGACAAAAGAGAACUAAUUUUACUCGCAGCCUUACUUGCCUUAAAUAUACUCUUCUGUGCAGGGUUAAUGCAUAUUGUGUAUCAUACUUAUGAUGAUUAGAACCAUCUCAAAGCUUCCUGUAAUGAUUACUGUCAUGCAGAUUGUUCAGUAAAGUUAAUACAUUGUAUUUUAAUCUACCAAAAAAUAUUUUUUUCUUCAAGUUUGAAUAAAGUGAUAUAAUGCAGAA